AGAAGAUCGAGAUAAAUCCAAGUUCAAGACGCAAGUGCACGUUGAAAACUGGCUGACUAUACAAAGUUCCCGAGGCUAGGACGCGGGCCCAUUCCGCUGUGGAGGACGACACGCGAAGCACCCUCGGCUGAUAGUGACCACACAAAAUGGACGUGCUUUUGACAUUUAUGUUAUUGACAUGCGCUCAUCAAGCAGUAUGGGGAGUCGAAGAUGGUUCUCUACCUGAUCUUCCACCAGGUGAGGCUCCGGAGCCAAUCCUGACAUUUAUGGAGAGGACUUACAAAACGGGCCGAGCUCGAGCUGCGUUUGAUGCUGGCUCUCCACUUCUGCUUACACCUUACAUCGAACAGAAGAAGCUGGAAGAAGCUAGGAAAGCAGCCUAUGUAGAUCCUGAAUAUCUGUUGCCUGAUAUGGACAGUUAUGCGGGGUACCUUACUGUAAACAAAAAAUACAACGCGAACCUAUGGUUCUGGUACUUCCCAGUGUCAGGUAAAUCUGUGGAGGACACUCCAUGGAUUAUCUGGCUGCAGGGAGGCCCGGGUGCCUCCUCACUGUAUGGACUCUUCACUGAAAUAGGACCUUUCUUCGUAUCCACCGACAAUAAUUUGGAAGAAAUCCACCAUUCUUGGGGUAAGAACCAUUCGUUGCUCUUCAUCGACAACCCAGUGGGAACUGGAUUCAGUUUCACAGACGACGACAGAGGAUACGCUACCAACCAAACCACGAUCGGAGAAAACUUAUACAACGCGUUGCAGCAGUUCCUAACAAUUUUCCCUGAACUUCGAAAAGCUCCACUCACUAUUGCUGGAGAGUCUUACGCUGGUAAACACAUACCUUCGCUUGGCGUCCAAAUCUUGUGGCACAGGCAUGAAGACGAGCCUAUUAAUCUACAGGGUCUGGCUAUAGGUAACGGUUUCAUCGAUCCCGUCACCCUCCAACGGUACAGUCACUUCGUGCGUGAGGUGGGUUUAGUGGAUGACAAAGUUGCUAAGUCCAUGAACGACCUAGAAACAGCCGUCGUGCAGUUCAUUAAUAACGGAGAGAUGGUUAAAGCUUACGCGUACUACAACUAUCUCCUCCAACUAUUCCUGUCUCACUCACAUCUUUCGAACCUUUACAAUUAUUUGCAAGACGAUAUUAACCUGGAAGGCGCAUACAUGGAUUAUAUUCAGAGGACCGAAGUCCGAAAAGCAUUACACGUUGGCAACACCAACUUCACGUCCAUCGGCGUUGUGUAUAGGAAACUUGUACCUGACUUUAUGGGCAGCGCUAAAAUGUGGCUGGAAGAGCUGUUAGAAAACUACAAAGUUAUGCUCUACAAUGGUCAUUUGGACAUCAUUGUGGCGUACCACCCGUCUUGCAGUACUUACAGUGCGCUAUCGUUCUCCGGGUCAGCAGCGUAUGCAAAAGCGAAGCGAACUCCUUGGUACCAUGAUGGAAAACUGGCUGGAUAUUACCGAGUGGCCGCCAAUCUCACAGAGGUUAUGAUCAGAGGUGCCGGUCACAUGGUGCCUGCAGACAAGCCGGCAGCUUCGCUCGGUCUGAUAUCAGCAUUCGCGCGCGGCAUUUCACUAAAGCAAGACACAGCUAGCCUCGUUGAUUCAGAAAAAAACUUGCUGCGACGGCGUCAGUUGCCACUGAAGUAGUCAACUCGAAAUUAAUUAACGCUUACUUGGUUAUCAUCGGUAUUGUUUUGUAUGAUGGAAUGGUAUUUUAAAUAAAAUGAAUUGUCAAAACAGUG